GAGUGUGGUUUACAAUUGUAAUAUUUUACAACCAAGUGAUGACUAAUGAAUACGGUUUAGUAAAAACUAAACUGUAGUAGAGUAGUAGACUUAUUAUAAUUAUCGGGUAGAUCAAAAAAGAAUCCUCAAUGGCUGCUCCGGCACCAAUAAAGAUUGGUACUCGGGUUGAAGUUAUUGGCAAAGGUGUUAUUGGAACUGUUGCAUUUAUAGGGACAACAGUUUUUAGUCAAGGAAAAUGGGUUGGUGUUGUACUUGAUGAAGCCAAGGGCAAAAAUAAUGGCACUGUGCAAGGGAAAACCUAUUUCACUUGCCCGGAUGAUCAUGGUAUAUUUGUUAGGCAAUCACAGAUCACACCUUUAGAAGACCAGGAACCUGCUAAAGAUGCACCUGCCACUACUGUACCUGCCACACCUCGCCAGAGUGCACUACGCCCUCCUAAUAGUCGACCUAUCAGCACACCAGCCACUACAGGGAAAAAAUCUGGCCUCAGACCUCCUGGAUCCAUGACAAAAAGUACUGAAAGCCUGGGAGAACCUGCCACCCCAGCGCCCGCAGCAGCCGAGGUAAAGACUAAACCAGCUCCUGACCCUGGCGCUACACCUGCCUCCAAACUUACUCGCUUACCUCGAGGUAGUAAAGAAACAACUCCAGCAGAUGACAAGGUCGCUAGUGCACCAGAGCCAGUUACAGCACCAUCACCCAUCCCAGCCGCCAUGCUGGCUCAGGAAAAUCUGGCUCCACCUUCACCACAUGCAUCCCAGAUGAACCUGAGUCAGUUGAGUGCAAUGUCCAGUUCCCAGUCAUCCAUAGAUGAACGCUUGACCAAUGUCCAGCAGCAGCAAGAGAUUGAAGGGCUGAGGCUUGAGGUCAAAGACCUCAAUGAAAAGCUGGAGACCUUGAAAAUGAAAAGAGCUGAAGAUAAGCUCAAGUUGAAAGAAUUUGAGAAAACAAAAAUUCAGCUACAGCAGCUUCAAGAAUAUAAAUCUAAGAUGCAAGAAACACAUGUUGAACUUCAAAGACAGUUACAAUCAUCAAAGAAGGAACUGUCAGAACUACAGCAAGAGUAUGAGACCUACAAAGAAGAAAUGGCAGAUGUGACUGAAACUGUUGAAAUGGCCACACUAGACAAGGAAAUGGCUGAAGAGAAGGCUGAAAGUCUGCAGGCAGAGCUGGAUUCUAUGAAAGAAAAGGUUGAAGAGCUCACACUUGACCUUGAACUGAUUCGAAAUGAAAUAUCUGAAAAAGGUACUGAUGGUGUUGCUGCUACAUUUGAAAUGAAACAAAUGGAACAACAGAAUGAGAGAAUGAAAGAUGCUCUUGUCAAGCUUCGAGAUAUGUUGAACUCUGAGAAACAGGACAAACAGCGCAGUGAGAAGCUGGUAGAAAAACUUGAAUCAGAGCUAACUGUGUUGAGGAAAGACAAGGAGCGUUUACAAGGGCAGGUGGCAGUGUAUGAAAAGGAGAUGAUAGAUCUGAAGGAACAAGUGGAUGCUGCAUUGGGCGCUGAAGAAAUGGUGGAACAGCUGACAGAGCGUAAUCUCAAGCUGGAGGAUGACAUCAGGGAGAUAUUAGAAGAAAAGAAUGAUCUGGAAGCUUUGAAUGACAUGAACGAAGAGCUGCAGGAGAAUGCUAAAGCCACUGAGCUGGAACUAAGAGAGGAUGUGGACAUGAAAAAUAUCAAACUUCUGGAGCUUCAAAGAAAAUUGGAUGGAACUCAAGAAACAUUUGCUGAAUAUGACAAAACCUUAAACAGGUUUAGAGAGCUUGUGGCUAAUCUUCAGGAGCAGCUUCGCAGCAAACAGCAAGAGAGUGAAACUAAAGUAGAAACACCAACUGCUGAGCUUAUGGACUUCAAGACUAAAUUUGCUGAAACUAAAGCUUACGCCAAAACCAUUGAUAUGGAGCUGAGAAGACUGGAUGUCCAGCAGGCUAACUCUCACAUUAAGAUGUUGCUCUCAUUUAUGCCUGAAGCUUUUAUGGGCAGAGGAGGUGAUCAUGACGCCAUAUGUGUUCUUCUCAUGAUACCACGUAUCAUUAACAAGGCUGAGCUUCUAGCUUCCCAAGUCAAAGAUAAGUACGAUGUGACAGAUAAAAUAGAUAGAGACCAUGUCUUAAAGAGCCACAAAGCUGAACAGUGUAGCUUUGCCAACCAUCUGAACUUGUUACUUAACAUUCUGUAUGGCACCAUGAAGCAAUAUGAGAGUGCCCUGAACUCCUGCAGCACAGAUUUGUUUCUAAAAAUAGGAACACUACUGCCUGAGAUGUCUGCUCAUGAAAAGUCUGUGGACUAUUUUAUUGACAUGCUGAGGAAGGAUCAGCUGGAUGAGACGGUUUCUGUUGAUCUUUUGGAAAAGUCCAUCAGUUUCUUCCAGCAACUCUACCAUGUCCACCUGUCUCAUGAGCGAAUUGACUGCACCCAUAUGAUGUCCAGUGAUGUCCGCAUUGUUCUCAGUGCAUGUGAUGCCAUCUCCACUGAAAUAGCCAGACUCAAGAUACUUCUGCUGCCUGGUCAGGAACAGAGCAACUUCUCAAUACUCCUGAAAGACCUGGAAACCUGUAACAAUGACACUCGCACAUGUGCUAGAAAGAUCAAGAGAAGGCUACCCCAAGAAGGAUCAGCUGCAACAACCCCCCUGAAGUUUGGAAAAGAGAUCCAGGAUCUCUUAACUGAUUGUCGUAAACAAAUCAGCUGUGUGGCUCGACUGUUGAAGAUUGUUGCCACUGGUGCAAUGCAGCAAGCAGCUAUCAUGACAGGUGGAAAACUGUUGGAACUGGAAAAACUUUUAGAGUCAGGUUCUAAAGCAGAUCGUGAAGGCCUUCUACCAAAGAAGAUGGAGGAACUAGCCCAACAAGCGGCCCAUGAGAUUUACAGCAAAGACAAUACUGAUGCUUAUGAGAGCUUAAGGCUUUCAUUUGGUGUGGUAGUGGGGACCAUGAACAAGCUGGCCAAUGCCAUGGAAAAUGGAGAAUAUGAUUUUGAUGGCACACAUGAGAAGAAGAGACAAGUCCCACUAAAACAGAGAGCCGAUGCCAUCAAGUCUCAGGCGCAAGAUGUGGAAGCCAUCAAGCUUAAAGUUGACGCUAAGGAAGAAGAAGUCAAGGAGUUGAAGAAACAGCUCAGGCUUAAGCAAGAAGAGCUGAGUGAACAACAAAUUCGUAUAGGUCUUGUUGAGAAAAAGCUGGAGAACAAGCACAAAGAAACAGAAGAUGAGUUGAAUAAACUACAGCGCAAGUUAGAUGAAAGUGCUUUGCUCAUUAAGAAAAAAGAAAAAGAGUUUGAGGAGACAUAUGACACUCUACAGAGUGAUAUUGACACUCUGGAGCAGGAGAAGACGGAGCUGAAGGAGCGUCUGAGGGUGCUGUCCAAGAAUACUUUACUGCAGAACAUGUCCAGGCAGUCAUCUGGUCAAGGGGCUGAGAAAGGAGGACCCACUGCACUGGCUGGUAGUGCCACAACACCAGAGUCACCAUUACUAGCCCAACAAGUGGUUGCUAUAAGAGAAGCCUUGCAGUAUAACAAACAAGAGUUGAUUCAACUCAAAGCUGAAAGAAUGAAGAAAAUAAUGGCAUCCUUACCUCCCCUACAAGUGCCAAAGAAGCCUGUUGGAUUGGCCAGUGCCACAGGGCAUGUUGCCAUUGGUGAAGUGACAGAUCCCUGUAAAACUGACCUCAACAAACUGGUUAAGAGAACUAAAGAUUUAUUGCAAGAGGCCAACAAAUUGAGUGCUUGUCCUAAGGUCAUUGACAUCUCAACCAGAAAAACAGGUACAGCACCAGUCACUAACAAUUCAGGUCCUAUGGGCCAGUUAGUGAAGAGAACUGUAGAAAUUAACUCUCUAGACAAGUUCACCCAGGAGCUUCAGGUUCAAAUUACAACUUUGCUGGCUGCCACUAGGACAGGUGGUCAAGUCCGAACAGAUUUUUCCACUUUCCCUACGCCACAGUUCGCUAAAAUGCUACACGAGAAGACAAGUAAUAGUGUAAAAGUGGGAACCAUUAAAUUUCCAACAUCUUGUGGCAAAGGAGAAGUCAUUCCCAUCAGCAUACAACCAGACCAGCUUAGAAAUAUUCACCAAAAAUUAGUUAUGUAAACAUAUUUGAUUUUUAAAUUGCUUGUACACUUUUUGUUAUACUACCCAAUAGCUGCGUAAUUUUUAAAUCUUAAUUCUGGAGGCUAAAACAUUCACAUACAUUAAAAACUUUUCCCAUUUAUUUUUUUUGGAGAUCUAUGGUAUAGAUUAAAUCUAGCUUUAAAAGCUACUAAAUAUUGUGUGUCAAAUGAAAAUUUCAUUAGAUGAGUUUAAUUUUUCAAUGACAAUUGAAACAAAAUGUAUUGGUACCUUCUGGUUGAAAACCAUUUUUAUACUUUAAAGCAUUUUCAAUAGAAGAUGAACAAAAGCAUCCAAACAAAUCUCUAAGAUUUUACCAUGAAGUUGCAUUACUAUUGGUGAUGUAUUAUAUAUUUAUAUAAGGUUACAAUAAAUUGUACUCCGGUAGUUAUUUUGUCUGCUGGUUACACCCAUAUAAAUGUUCUGCUUUGGGUACAGUGCAAUUCCUUUAAAUUUUGUGUGCAUUGAUGUGUGGUUAGGUGGUCUGGUGAAGAUUUUAAACUUAAUUUGAAAAAAUGUAGACAUAAUAUUGUCAGUUGUAUUAUUGAAUAAAAUGAAUAAUGCAAUAACUUUAUUUUAAGUCCAAUACCAGAAUUAUCUUGCACAUUUUGCUAGUUAUGAGUAGUCUGAAUUCUUUGUACCAUUUGUAAAGGUAUUUUAUUAGACAAACUAGUUAUUCUUCUCCCCCUUUAUUUAUUUACAAAAAAAUAAGAUUACAGAAUUAAUUUUUUGAGUAAACAGCUUUAGAUCAAUCUUUUAAUGUUAUUGUUUGUCAAAUUUAUUAUAUUAGCUGUUUAUAUUUCGUCCUCUACAUAUUUCGCAAGAGGAACAGGUACAUUUAAAAUAAUUUACUUGUACUAUUUUAACAGCUUUAUAUUUUGAACAAAUAAUAAUUAAAAACAGAAUUACUUGAGUUAACAGUCAUAAUCAUUUGUUAAUUUAAUUUACACAUAGAAUUAUAAAUAAUUUUGGUUAGUCUUAUCCAAGGUUAAUUGUUUUGUCUUUCAGCUUUUGAGAAAUUUAUAUCAAUUGUCCCAUAUAUUCUAUAAACAUUUGACGGUAUUUAUCAGCCAUCUUUCUUCAGCUUUGGUCAUUAAAUGUAGUUGGUCA